UGGCCAGGACAGCCGUGAAUGUGAUUGGGAGGGGCGGACUGAGAAGCAGCAGCAGUCUGGGGUCCAACAUCCUCUCUGCUGAGGCUCGUGUCCCCCCAUUUGCCUUCUUCAAAACCCACCGGACCCCAUAUCUUUUUCAUGUGCUUAUUUAACGGCUUUCUCAUUCAGCAGGAAGCGGUGAGACGAAGUAAAAGUUGAAAGAGACACCGAAAAAAGCAGCGUGGAUGCUGUUUUGUUGAUGUUUUCUUCUCCUUUGGCCCGGUAACCUCAGUAAUCCAGGAAAAUUGCUUGGUGCAGCUGUAUCGGAGAGAAGGCAAGGGAAGAGGUGAAACUGCGGGAAAUGAUGACUGAGAAAGAAACGGCGACAGAGAAGAUAAUAUCAGAUGCGAUGGCCAAUCCUUCUCCAGCAAAGAGUAUGGGUGACCCUGGAAUCACCCCUCUGUCUCCCUCACACAUUCAGCAGAAUGACACAGACCAGGUCCCGUCAGGGCCGUCCUUCGUGGUGGUGGUUGCCAUCGACUUUGGCACCACGUCAAGCGGUUAUGCUUACGCCUUCACUAAGGAGCCGGAGUGCAUUCACACAAUGAGGCGUUGGGAAGGCGGAGACCCUGGUGUGUCAAACCAGAAGACUCCGACCACAAUCCUGCUGACUCCAGACAGGAAGUUCCACAGCUUCGGCUACGCUGCUCGUGACUUCUACCACGACCUAGACCCCAGCGACUCUAAACACUGGCUGUACCUGGAAAAAUUCAAAAUGAAGCUCCACACCACUGCAAAUCUGUCCAUCGACACAGAUCUCCAUGCAGCCAAUGGGAAGCGAGUGAAAGCGCUGGAUAUCUUUGCAUAUGCGUUGGCCUUCUUUAAGGAGCAAGCACUGAAGGAGCUGAGUGAUCAGACAGGGGGAGACUUCGACAACAACGAUGUGAGAUGGGUGAUCACUGUUCCUGCCAUCUGGAAGAUGCCUGCAAAGCAGUUUAUGAGGGAAGCUGCCUAUAAGUCUGGUCUGGUGCCCCGUGAAAACCCAGAGCAGCUGAUCAUCGCCUUAGAACCUGAGGCAGCAUCGAUCUAUUGCCGCAAACUCCGCCUCCACCAGAUGGUGGACCUGGAUUCCAAAACCACCCAGAACGGCAUUAGCCCCACUGACAACGUGGGCAGCGGUAUGACCCAAGCUAAGGAGCAUGUACGGCGCAACCGGCAGAGCCGCACAUUUUUGGUGGAAAAUGUCAUAGGGGAGCUUUGGUCGGAGCUGGAAGAAGGUGACCGUUAUGUGGUGGUGGAUUGUGGCGGGGGGACUGUCGACCUGACAGUCCAUCAGAUCCGUCUUCCAGAGGGACACCUAAAGGAGCUCUAUAAGGCCUCAGGUGGUCCCUACGGCUCUAUUGGGAUUGACUAUGAGUUUGAGAAGCUCCUGUGUAAGAUCUUUGGCCAGGAUUUCAUUGACCAAUUUAAGAUUAAGAGGCCGGCCGCCUGGGUGGACCUGAUGAUCGCGUUUGAGUCUCGAAAGAGGGCAGCCGCCCCGGACAGAACCAACCCACUCAAUAUUAACCUGCCCUUUUCCUUCAUCGACUACUACAAGAAGUUCAGGGGGCACAGUGUGGAGCACGCCCUGCGCAAAAGCAAUGUGGAUUUUGUGAAAUGGUCGUCUCAGGGGAUGCUGAGGAUGAAUCCAGAUGCCAUGAAUUCCCUCUUCAAGCCAACCAUAGACCACAUCAUCCAACAUCUCACUGAUCUGUUUGAUAAGCCCGAGGUGAGCGACAUCAAGUUCCUGUUCUUAGUGGGAGGAUUUGCCGAGUCUCCCCUGCUUCAACAAGCCGUCCAGAACAUGUUGCAGGGUCGCAGCCGCAUCAUCAUCCCUCACGAUGUCGGCCUCACUAUUCUGAAAGGCGCCGUGCUGUUUGGCCUCGACCCCAGCAUCAUCAAAGUGCGCCGUUCCCCCCUCACGUACGGGGUGGGCGUCCUCAAUCGCUUCGUGGAGGGCAAGCACCCACCAGAUAAGCUGCUGGUGAAGGACGGCACACGCUGGUGCACUGACGUCUUUGACACAUUCAUCGCCGCCGAUCAGUCCGUGGCUCUGGGUGAGAGUGUAAAGCGGAGCUACACGCCGGCCAAGCCUUCUCAGCAGGUUAUCGUCAUCCAUGUUUACUGCUCUGAGAGAGAGAAAGUGGGCUUCAUCAGCGAGAGCAGCGUCAAGAAGUGUGGGACACUGCGCUUGGAUGUGAGCGGAACGGAAAGCACGGCGCCUCGCCGCGAGAUCCAGACGCUCAUGCAGUUUGGCGAUACAGAGAUUCGAGCCAUGGCGGUCGACGUGUCCACUGGACGCACGGUCAAAGCUAGCAUUGACUUCCUGAGCCAUUAAAAAGGGAACAUUAGAGUUGUUGAAAAAGAAUCGGAAAGGGAAAAUUUACUCCACACACACACACACACACACACACACACAUACACACACACACACACACACACACAUAUGUCUGGGAUAGACAGAGUGGUUAAAAUAAAAGAAUCUCAAGGCGCAGUCCCUCUCAGUUUGAGUGCUGAUGUUAAACCGUGUGAAAUGUCAUCAUUAACCCAGAAUGACUUAAAGUGGAAGUAACCUCACUUUACUCUUGACCCUGCAGUCCAUUUGCUGAGGAGCUCCACUGUGUUCACACACUCGUAAUAACCCAACACAUACCACCAUGCUGAUGUUACAGCUUUGCUGAGUCAGGUUUAAGAUAAAAGGUUAUUCCACUGUUAAUGCUUGAUCCUGCAGUUCAUCCAUAACGUGCUCAGCAGAAACCAUUCCUUUGUGACAAAGCUAUCAGAAGGUCAUAAUGUCAUGUCAUUGAGCUGCGACUGAAGUUUCUCAAAACUGUUCGUCAAACUUAAAUCACUGUUUUCUCACUACAGUUCUGAAGGUCUUACCCAUGGUUUUGCAUGAUUGAGCUCUUUUAAAAAAUAGAGUAAACUUUUACAACUUCAUGCAGCUGCCGGACUUUUUCCAAAGCAUACCAUCAAUUUUCAGGUUUCAUGUCAAAGAUCAUCAUAGAACGAUAUGGUCUGUUCAUGGAGUAACUUCCAGGUGAACUAGCUGUGUCUGUCUGUGUGAAGUGUAUCCACCGUGGACAGAUACAGGAGCCAGAGGUUACUGUGGGACAUUUUGGUAACUUGCGCUGUAGUCUCUAAUUGUGUUUGCCUGCUCUCUGAUACAGGUCAGGAAGUGCAUAGUUGCUUUAUCAGAUCGUUGUUUCCACUUAAGACAGCUGCUGCUUCUGCUUGUAGACAGAAUGACUGGAGCUGUGACUCUGAACCAAAGAAACAACGCUGAAAUCCACUAUAGAGCUGAAGAAAUCUGUGUGCGAGUUCUCUUACAUGUAACAUAUGAUAUCACACAUUUUACACAUCAUUAACACAAAAAAUAUGUAUCAGAAGGAUUGUUAGCAACACAGCCUGUUCAGCUUUACAGUUAUGCAGAGAUAACUUUGAUCUGUAGGCCAUUUCAAACACCUUGUGCUGUUUUUGAGGGAAACAAGCUUUGCAACUCGAAAGCAAACUUCAUCAUAUUUUACUAGAGUCUCCUUUCAAAACUAGUUCUUUAUGACACCCUUACUUGACAUUGAUAAAAUGACCUACUUCAAUAUCACCACAUCCUAUUAAUUGUCAUACUUUUUUAGUGCUUAAAUACUAAAUCCUAUCAUUUGCUACGACCCGGGUGCAGAUAUGCAACGCUACCUUGAAGACAGGAAAUCAAUCUGAAAACUGAUGGCAUGCUCUGGAGAAUCAUCAGCAAUUAUGUGAAACAUUGUAUCUCCAAUCAAAGGCCACAUCAGGCCAAACCACCGGUUGGCUCCUUAGAGGUUGCCCAUAAUUAAAACUGAAUGUGAAGCGCGCUGCAGGCUCAGUCUUCUAACAAGUACGGCUAUCAUCAAUUGCGCUUUACAGUUGCCUUUGUUUUGUUCCUGCUUCAGCUUCUUAACAUGCUGUGGACAGAAGGUCAGUCGCCCACUUGAAUAUUUUGAAGCCAAGUGUGACAGACGAUGACGUGUGUUUAUUUCUGUAAAUACAGUAUUUAAAUAUUGUACAGAUUUUUUAGCUUUGUUUCAGCAGCGUUCGAGCCAAGAGUGUGUGCUUAUGCGUGCGUGUGCGUGGGUGUGUAUGUGUGCUUCCACAUGGACCAUCUCUCAACAUUUUUUCUCUCACCAGCCAUUGCACGAGAGGCACGUUUGAUUGCUGCGUUCGUUGAGAGAGUGAGAGAUUGGAUGUGUUUGCCUGUUGCUCUUUUUUGCAAUCACAAAAGAAACUUGAAUACCUCCGUCCUUAAAAAAAGCAUUUCAGUCUAUAUUAACAGUUGUUAUCAGUCAUCUGUGAAACUGUAGCAGUAUCUGAAUGUGUCCAAUCCCCUUUUUCAUCCCACCUGCAGAGCAACUUCUGUGGACUUUUCAUUGACAUUCAUUACUUUGUUACCAUGGAGACAUUUAGACAGUUAUGUUCAACAUACAACAGAAGAACUUGAGCCAUUCAAUUUAGCAGAAGCUAUUAUUCCUGCACUAAAGAACAAGGACGCUUUAGCAAUAAUCAAGAGAAAAAGCCACUAGAUGAUAAUGAAGGUCUUAAUUAAAGAGUGCCUAGUAUGAUUUUUAAAAGUGAUGUCAAGACUCACUCACACCAUCAGAUCAGAGCGCACAGUUCAUCCAUUGUCCCUCUUCAAAUAGCUUUAGAUGAAAGUGUGAGUUCAGAAGUAAUCACUGAGCGUCACACUUAUUGUGAAUUCAUCAAAGGCAGCGCGUCAUCGACAUAGUCAAUAAGACCUUCACAGACUGAUUUAUAGGGGCAUUAUUGUGAUGUGUUUUCUUAACCUUUGCUGCCACUAUAGAGAAACUGCAACUACAUUUGAAGAUGGACUCUCUUAAUCCUUUCUCCCUGCCUGUUGAUGUAAAGACCACAUCAUAUGAAUCGCUCGCUUUGGUUGUUGCUAGUUUCAUUCAUUGGUAUUUGACAGCCAGCUUGUAUCAAACAGGAAUGUAUGAACAUGUAUAUGAUAUCUUCCUUCAUUCUGAGGUUCUGCUGUGUUUUGUUCAUCCAGAUGUUAACGCUGUCAAACACUUUGCUCAUGUUAACGGUGCAGAUUUAUGUGUGAAGAUGAGAGUGUGCUUCACAAUAACUGGAGUAAGCUGCUGCCUCCUCAAACUCUGCAGAGAAUCAGAGCUCUGUCCUUUGUUGGUCUUUGUUGGUCUUAAACCAGGAAACUAAUUUAUUCUAUAGAGGUGGAAGGCAUUAAAUGCAUCCUGGAACCGGUUGGCUUUCAUAGAACAACAAUACAGCUUUUAAGUAAUAUCUCGAAAUGUCUGUCUGGACGAGUACGCAUAGCAACAUAGCAACAUAGCAACUCUCUACUCCAACCACAUUUCUAGUUGUUGGACUAUUUACGUGAACACUUCUAUACCCUACAAUCACAUCUCAUGUAUCAGGAUAGAGGAUUGCCUUUUUUUUUUUUUUCACUGGAACCUCCCACAUAUUAGCAAUUUGCUGAUUCAUGGUCAGACGGCGGCUUCAUAGAGUUCAUGGAGUGACCAAAGUAGAUGCAAUGCAUUUUUAGUUUUGGCAUACUGAGGCCAUGAAGGAUACAACCAAAAUACAACCUGAUUAGUUUCAGAUUUUUAAUUCCAUUUUGACCGGAUUCCAUUGGAAACGAUAUGAUUUUGUUCCAAAACGUCCUCGUCAUGAACGCUGGUAUAACGGGGUCCCUUCAUCUGCUUCAGCUCCUUAAGCUUGCAAAGUGUGUCCAGCAUCUCAUCGACGAUAUAUAUAUGGCAGUUAUAUAUUGGGGUUCUUUCAGUUCACUGCAUACACCAGUCCAGAAGAAUAGCCACAUCCUAACUUAAAUUGAGGAGGCAGACGUUGUUUACAAGACUUUUCCACAAGUUCCAACACUAGCUGCAUGGAGCUAUAGCCUCAAGAUGACAUGUAUGAAGGAAAAAAUAUCAUGACACAUAUUUAAUAAGCCUACCACCUGUAGGUUUCUCAGUUGCUUGGCUCGAGAGAGGGGAAUCUUCAAAUCCUAAUAAAACAAUUUUAUUAUAUAGCCUCUUUUAAAGCCAUUUUCUUUGAUUGUUUUUUUUUUUUAAACUGUGAAUUACAGCUCGGGCUUUUCAGUGUCAGUGUACAGAGUUGCACAAGUUGCUGUCUUCGGCACUGUCUCUGCAAUGCAUGUUUCGCAUGUGUCACAUAGGAAUGACUUAACAACAGACAACGAGCAACAGGUCAAUCGCUAUUACUCAUACACGAAACCAAGGUUUACCACUGAUGAUGAUGAUGGUGGUGGUGGUGUUUUGAGUUUUCUGGAAUAAACUGUGUUCUCCUCAGCCUUGUCACAGAGUCGGAGACGGGCUGGGCUUUGUGUUACAUUCGCUGCUUCCUGAGCUGAUGGACUUGAUGCUAAUAACAGCUCAUAACUACCACAGCAGGGCAGCACUCCACCUACUUAACUGUUAACUAACCUAGUAACCUUUCACUACUUCUUCACAUCUCUUUACUCACAAAAUAUCAAGUGGAAGGAUUGAAUCUAACACCACAUUGUUUCCUUGGUUAAAUGAUUACCAUGUAUUUUGUGCUACCUUGACUAAUAUGUGAUGCACAGGAUACCAUUAUGUAGCAGCUUUCAUCAAAGCUAUAUGGUCAAAUUAUAUGAAGACGUGUUUAGCUCAAAUGGAACUUUGAUCCUUGGUGCUGGAUUCACACCCUUUGACAUUGGGGGUAAGAUGUCACAUUUCUGACAUUUGAGUCUCAAGUCGAGUGCUUUGGGUGGGUUCGUUUUGAGGUAGCAGUCUAGCCAGCUUGCAUCUUGUUAAAGUAUCUGCGCAACAAUAUAUAAACUCUACAAUCAUUGAGAAGAUUUUAAAGCUAAAAAAUGAUUGAGCUUGUAGUUAGGACAACCUCUGCCUCUCUGAAACGCAACACAAUGUACACUUUGUUCUUUUAGUUCUUUAUCGACGACGCAAAGUAGUUUUGUUUCUAUUUUUUAUGAUCUACUAUAAUGUCUUGUUCUCUUGCAGUUUCCACACAAUAAUGGGUGUAUUUUGAUCAAUGCCAGGUAUUCACUGUCAGAUUGUCACCAAUAAAAUGUACGUGUAUUUCAAAGAA